CGGCCGGGCUCUAGCUGGGAAACACGCAGCCACUCUCCUGCGGCCGCCCUCCCCGACCCUCCUAGGGUCAGCCGGGCCCAGAAGCCGGAGCCUGCGCUUCCCGUCGUCCCGAAGUGCGAGAAGCGCGGCCGCAGCUCUGCGCCGAGGAGCCCCAGGAGUCCACUCCCGGGCCUCGGUCUUCCCAUCUGUGUGACGCCACAGGAAGUCCUGAGACGCCACCUCUGCGCGGCCGACCCCUCUCCCGCGCGUGCAACACGUGGGCCUGGCGGGGCAGAGCUGCUUGUGCACGGCGGGCGGGGUGCGGGGCGCUCGGCGUCGCCCGGGCCCGGGGAGGCGGCUGUAGCCAGAGCGCCCGAGGCCGCCCGCCCUCCCCCCGGCUUGGGGCGGGGCUGCUGCCCGGCCGCUCUUUUAUCUGCCGGCUCCGCCGACCCGGCCCCCGCGGCCCUCCCAGCUCGGCUCCGGCUCAGCCUGGUCUGUUUUGCCCCACGGGUGUUAUGUUAACCUUUGACAGUGUGUGUCCUUGGAGAGCAGGCUGGGGCUUGCAAGCCUUCGCUAAGGAGAGAGCAACCUAUGAGGUAGAUAAUAUUGUCAUUCCCAUGAGAGAGCUAAGGAUCAGAGAAGUGGACAGGAACCACUGAAGUUUACCUGACACCAUCAACCAGGCCCUAGUCACCUGGCUUUGCCUUUGCCCUGCUGUGUGAUCUUAGCUCCCUGCCCAGGCCCACAGCCAUGGCCAUGGCCAUGGCCCAGAAACUCAGCCACCUCCUGCCCAGUCUGCGGCAGGUCAUCCAGGAGCCUCAGCUAUCUCUGCAGCCAGAGCCUGUCUUCACGGUGGAUCGAGCUGAGGUGCCGCCGCUCUUCUGGAAGCCGUACAUCUAUGCGGGCUACCGGCCGCUGCAUCAGACCUGGCGCUUCUAUUUCCGCACGCUGUUCCAGCAGCACAACGAGGCUGUGAAUGUCUGGACCCACCUGCUGGCGGCCCUGGUACUGCUGCUGCGGCUGGCCCUCUUUGUGGAGACCGUGGACUUCUGGGGAGACCCACACGCCCUGCCCCUCUUCAUCAUUGUCCUUGCCUCUUUCACCUACCUCUCCUUCAGUGCCUUGGCUCACCUCCUGCAGGCCAAGUCUGAGUUCUGGCAUUACAGCUUCUUCUUCCUGGACUAUGUGGGGGUGGCCGUGUACCAGUUUGGCAGUGCCUUGGCACACUUCUACUAUGCUAUCGAGCCCGCCUGGCAUGCCCAGGUGCAGGCUGUUUUUCUGCCCAUGGCUGCCUUUCUCGCCUGGCUUUCCUGCAUUGGCUCCUGCUAUAACAAGUACAUCCAGAAACCAGGCCUGCUGGGCCGCACAUGCCAGGAGGUGCCCUCCGUCCUGGCCUAUGCACUGGACAUUAGUCCUGUGGUGCAUCGUAUCUUCGUGUCCUCCGACCCCACCACGGAUGAUCCAGCUCUUCUCUACCACAAGUGCCAGGUGGUCUUCUUUCUGCUGGCUGCUGCCUUCUUCUCUACCUUCAUGCCCGAGCGCUGGUUCCCUGGCAGCUGCCACGUCUUCGGGCAGGGCCACCAACUUUUCCACAUCUUCUUGGUGCUGUGCACGCUGGCUCAGCUGGAGGCUGUGGCACUGGACUAUGAGGCCCGACGGCCCAUCUAUGAGCCUCUGCACACGCACUGGCCUCACAACUUUUCUGGCCUCUUCCUGCUCACGGUGGGCAGCAGCGUCCUCACUGCGUUCCUCCUGAGCCAGCUGGUACAGCGCAAACUUGAUCAGAAGACCAAGUGAAGGGGGAUGGCAUCUGGUAGGGAGGGAGGUGUAGUUGGGGGACAGGGGUCUGAGUUUGGCUCCAGGUGGGAACAAGGCCUGGUAAAGUUGUUUGUGUCUGGCCCACAGUGACUCUCUGUGCACGACUCAACUGCCAAGGGCGUCACUGGCCAAUUCUUGGAUUUAGGGAUUGGCUAGGAGUUGCUGGGGUCCACUCCUGGGCCUGCCCCAGCUCCUUGCCCAGGGAGAGGGAAAGAGUGAAAGGUGUGGGCCACUCCAGCUUGCCCUUCCACUGCCACUCGCUGGGGUGAGGCUGGGGGUCAGCUUGGUGAGGAUUGGGGCUUCUAGAUUGUCUAGGCAGGAGGUGAAACUUAGGCCAGAGUCAGAUUUGAGCUGAGCCAGGGGAAGCCUUGGCAACCUACUUCUACUCAGAUUUCAUUGCUGGAUGAGGAAGGGGCAGGCCCAAAAUAUAUACAGGAUCUUACUGUCCCUUGAAGCCCAGCCACAAGUGUUGGAGCUGCAGAGAGACCCCAAAGGUAGUAGAUUGUGCCAGAUACAAAUGGGUCCCAUCCAGUGCUUCAUACCCCUUCAGUCACUAUCCCAGACAGUGAGCCCCAGAUCUCCUAGCCCUGGCUUCUGUGUCCUACACGGCCUGUUCCCAGCUUCUCUCCUGGUUCCCUUGUUAAGGAUUCAUUUAUCCAUUCAGUGUUUCCUGGGCCUCUGCUCAGAGGCAGGUCACCACUGGGCCCUGUGGAUCAAUGCAAGAUGACAAAGGCUUUUUUUUUUUGAGGAGUUUCGCUCUUGUUGGCUAGGCUGGAGUGCAAUGGUGCGAUCUCGGCUCACUGCACCUCCACCUCCUGGGUUCAAGCGAUUUUCCUGCCUCAGUCUCCCGAGUAGCUGGGGUUACAGGCAUGCACCACCAUGCCUGGCUAAUUUUCUGUAUUUUUAGUAGAGACGGGGUUUCUCCAUAUUGGUCAGGCUGGUCUUGAACUCCUGACCUCAGGUGAUCUGCCCGUCUUGGCCUCCCAAAGUGCUGGAAUUACCGGCAUGAGCCACUGCGCCUGGCCGACAAAGGCUUUGAUAUCAGAAUGAACUGUCAAGGGAGGUGCUGGAGAGGGAUUAACUUGUGCUGCCUGGGACCCUCGGUCUUAGGUUGGGGAGUGUGAAUAGGAGUUUGCAGAUGGAGAAUAGGAAGGGCAUUCCAGGCAGAGGGAAACCUGUGCAGAGACCCAGAGGUGUGGAAGGAAAAGUGGGGUUGGGGCUGGGGUGGUCUGGAUGCAAUAAAGUGACUGUGACAGUA